ACCUACGACCACCCACACUCAAUUUUUACUCAAAAACCCCAAUUUCUCACACUCAUCUCCACUCUAAAACCCUAGCCCUAACCCAUUUUCCAUUCAUUUCUCGGCAAAAAUGGCACUCUUCUCCCGUCUCCGAAUCCACUCUUUAACAACAGCAACUCGUCGCCAAUUCUCCACAAUCUUAUCAACCGACCCACUCUCCUCCAAAUCCAAAACCAGAGCCGCUCUCACCCUCCUGAAAUCCGAAGAAAAUCCCGAAAAAAUCAUCGAAAUCUGCCAAUCCGCUUCUUUAACGCCGGAAGCUCACUUAGACCGCAUCGCCUUCUCCGUCGCCAUUACCAAACUCUCCCGAUCCAACAAUUUCUCCUACAUCCAGCAGUUUCUCGAUGACCUCCGAUCCUCACGCGCCGAUCUCCGGUCAUCCGAGAGAUUCGCCGGUCAUGCUGCUGUUUUGUUCGGUCAGGCUAAUAUGGUUGACCACGCUGUACGGACGUUUAAAGAGUAUCAUAAUGAUGUUAUUGGUCAUGGUAAUGAGGGUUCUGUUAGGGUUUUCAAUUCUUUGCUUUUUGCUUGUUAUUUAGCUAAGGAUUAUAAAGAGGUGAAUAGGGUGUUUUUGGAAUUUCCGAAAAGUUAUAAUAUUGUGCCGAAUUUGGAUUCUUAUAAUACUGUUAUUAAAUCGUUUUGUGAUUCCGGGAGUUCGAAUUCGGGUUUGUCGGUUUUAGCUGAGAUGGAUAGGAAGUCGAUUAUGCCGAAUUCGACGACUUUUGGGAAUUUGCUUGCUGGGUUUUAUAAAGAGGAGAAGUAUGAGGAUGUGGGAAAAGUUUUGGAUAUAAUGGCGAAGUAUGGGAUUCGACAGGGUGUCGGUAUUUAUAAUAGUCGAAUUCAGAGUUUGUGUAAGCUUAAGAGGUCUAGUGAAGCGAAAGCUUUGCUUGACGGAAUGGUGUCUAGAAAAACUAAGCCGAAUGCUGCUACUUAUGGUCAUUUGAUUCAUGGAUUUUGUAAUGAGGGCGAUGUGGAGGAAGCGAAGGAACUGUUCAAGAGUAUGCAUGAUAAAGGAUGUGAGCCGGAUUCCCAUUGUUAUUUUACGUUGCUGCAUUACUUGUGUAAAAGUAAGGAUUUUGAGACGGGGUUGAGCCUAUGUAAGGAGAGUAUUGAGAAGGGCUGGGUGCCGAAUAUUGCGACUAUGAAGUCGUUGGUUAAUGGUCUUGCUGCUGCUGGGAAGGUGGAUGAAGCAAAGGAGCUUGUUGGGGAGAUUAAAGGGAGGUUUACGAAGAAUGUUAGUCUGUGGGAUGAUGUUGAAGCCGGUUUGUCUCAGUAGGGGAAGAUGGCGUUUUUAAGCUUCUUCCGUGAAGUUAAAGGUUAGACGAACUGUAUGAGAAUGAAGUUUAGAGGCAAUAACAAUUUUGCAAUUACUUUUUUAGUUAUUGAACAUCUUUUCAUUGUUGAAUGAAUUGGUGCUGGUUUUCA